UACUUUUGUUUACUCUUGAUCUUGACACAGUUUUAAUGUCAAUGUGGCUAAAUGGUGAAGAUGGAAACAUUAAAGACAUAACAUAGUGCUAGCAGUUGACUCUGUCUUUGUCCCUUCCCAAAUACCUUCCACCAGCCACAUUGUUUUUUCUCUUGUACCUAUCCCAAUUUGCAUCAUAUUUUAUGCCAUAAACUCUUACAGAUUUUCUGAGUCUUCAAGAUUCCUUAGUUUCAAACACUUUGUGUGCAUCACAACAGCAUGGGGUAUGAAGCCAGAACACUCUCAGAUGAGUAUGAAGUCUCAGAUGUUCUAGGAAGAGGUGGAUUUUCUGUUGUUAGAAAAGGCACAAGAAAAUCAAGCAGUGACACCAAAACCCAUGUGGCCAUCAAAACUUUGAGAAGAUCAGGCACUGCCUCAAACCCUUCUGGGUUUCCAAGACCAAAGGGUGCUGCAGAGAAGAGCUCAGCAGCUAUGAUGGGGUUCCCAUGGAGACAAGUCUCAGUCUCAGAUGCCUUGCUCACCAAUGAGAUUCUUGUGAUGAGGAGAAUAGUGGAAAACGUUUCACCACACCCUAAUGUGAUUGACCUCUAUGAUGUGUAUGAGGACUCAAAUGGAGUGCACCUUGUGUUGGAGCUGUGUUCUGGUGGGGAACUGUUUGAUAGGAUUGUAGCACAAGAUAGGUACUCAGAGACUGAAGCUGCAGGUGUGGUUCGCCAGAUAGCUUCAGGAUUAGAGGCUAUUCAUAGAGCUAACAUUGUGCACAGAGACUUGAAGCCUGAGAAUUGUCUUUUCUUGGAUGUGAGGAGGGAUUCUCCUCUUAAGAUCAUGGACUUUGGUUUGAGUUCUGUUGAAGAAUUCACUGACCCAGUUGUUGGUUUGUUUGGAUCCAUUGAUUAUGUUUCACCAGAGGCUCUUUCUCAAGGGAAGAUAACAACCAAGAGUGAUAUGUGGUCUCUUGGGGUGAUUCUAUACAUCUUACUUUCUGGGUAUCCACCUUUCAUUGCUCAGACUAACCGCCAGAAACAACAAAUGAUAAUGAAUGGGAACUUCAGUUUCUAUGAGAAGACAUGGAAGGGCAUUACUCAAUCAGCAAAGCAGCUAAUUUCAGAUCUUCUGACAGUUGAUCCUAGUAGGAGACCUAGUGCUCAAGAUCUUCUGAGUCAUCCAUGGGUGGUAGGUGACAAGGCCAAGGAUGAUGCAAUGGACCCUGAGAUUGUCUCAAGAUUGCAGAGCUUCAACGCAAGACGCAAACUGCGUGCAGCUGCAAUUGCUAGUGUUUGGAGCUCCACAAUCUUCCUCAGAACCAAAAAGCUGAAAUCUUUGGUAGGAACACAUGAUCUCACAGAAGAGGAAAUUGAAAACCUCAGGAUAAAUUUUAAGAAAAUAUGUGUGAGUGGAGACAAUGCCACUCUAAGUGAGUUUGAAGAGGUGCUGAAAGCAAUGAAUAGGCCAUCACUGGUCCCUCUAGCACCACGAAUAUUUGACUUGUUUGACAAUAACCGUGAUGGAACAGUUGACAUGAGAGAGAUUCUAUGUGGCUUUUCCAGCUUCAAAAACUCCAAAGGAGAUGAUGCUCUUCGUUUGUGCUUCCAGAUGUAUGACACAGAUCGAUCAGGGUGCAUCACCAAGGAAGAAGUCGCAUCCAUGCUUAGAGCUUUACCAGAAGAGUGUUUGCCAGCUGAUAUCACUGAACCUGGGAAAUUGGAUGAGAUAUUUGACAGAAUGGAUGCCAACAGUGAUGGAAAAGUUACCUUUGAUGAAUUCAAAGCUGCCAUGCAGAGAGAUAGCUCUCUUCAAGAUCUUGUUCUCUCUUCUCUAAGACCACAAUCAUAGUUCUUCAAAUUUCCAUAAAUCUAUAUGCUACUCUUAUCAAUCAUGCACUGCUAUUUUUCUCCUUUUUUGUUCCCUUGAUACAGUAGGACUAUACAGUCAUGUUGUAUCAUAUAAUUUUUGCUUAGACAGUUAAUUAACUAUCAACAAUUAUGCUUCUUAUGUUA